AUGUCGAAAGCGAAAGUGUCAGCAAGCGACAUGCGCCCACGGCCAAAGGCAGACGAGUGGAAGAAGAAGCCUGUAGAGGAGCUGUCGUUACCGCAAAGAGUCAUUAUUAGCCGCAAUGUGUUGAUACCGAACGAGGAAGAAUUCGAGUAUCCGAAAUCGAAAGGCAUGGUUCCGGUCUACUCGUUAUUUUCGCAGCACAUGUACCUGCUGCCUCGCGCGAUGCUGCCUAUUGUUGCGCGAUGGGCAUACAUGACGGCGACUGGUUAUACCAUUCACCCUGUUGCCAUGUACUUUUUAACGCUAGCUUACAACGCGCACGUGGUCAAAUCGUUUUUCCAACAUUUGACGACGCUUGUAAAGCGCCAUGGAUUUUUAGAUGCCGACAUUCCGCGUGAUUCGAUUCCCGAGACGAUGGCGGGCAAGCUGUUUACGGAGUUUUUGACUGGUAUCUUUGUCCGUCCACUUUUGGUAAUUUUGCUUUCGUACGACAGGUAUAAGAUGCCUUCACUGUCACUUUGGCUUCCGUUGCAGGUCGCGAUUUUCACCCUGUUUGCCGAUUUUGUAUAUUAUUGGGUGCACCGCGCAACACACGAAGUGUCCUUCUUGUGGCAUUUCCACCAACGCCACCACACGACCAAGCACCCUGUCGCGUAUCUGCUUGGUUUUGCGGACGAGCCGCAAGAGGUAUUUGAUGCGAUCGGUUCACCCAUACUGGCGUACUUGAUGUAUCCGAUUGGGUAUGAUGCAAUGUAUAUUUGGUCAGUGUACUUUAUCGCCACGGAAAUACUAGGACAUUCGGGAAUGCGUGCCUACUAUCCUGGCCCAUUGACAUCGACCAUCUUGCGCCCAAUCGAUUGUGAAAUUGCCGUUGAAGACCAUGAUUUGCACCAUCGCUUUGGAUGGCGUGAGAGCUACAAUUAUGGAAAACAAUCACGUUUCUGGGACGCCAUGUUUGGAACGACUGGCGAGCGUGUGGAAACGCAUGCGGGCAACAUUGACUACUCGCGUGGUGUUUAA